AUGCGCAUCGCAUCACUAGUCGGCAUUUGCUUCCUGGUUACCUGUUGUUAUGGCAGUACAACGGAAUUGGAAGCUAAAGUCGUUGAUGCGAUUGAUAAAGCUGUCGCUAUAGUUUAUCAAAGAAAUAAUGAAGUAGUUGGAAUGAAAGGUGAGCAAGAAACUCAAAAAGCCAACAUGAACUCACAAUUGGAACAGAUGCGAGGAGAUUUGUUUGCAGAAAUAACAAGAAUUUUAAUUGAAGAAAAUGGUGAAGAGAUAUUGUCAGAAUUAGAAGAAGUUGAUAUUAAUACACUAUUAGUAUCAAGAAAUACAAGAUCAAAGCGUUAUGCUAAUGAGCCAGCACGCUCUACAACAUCAUGUACUCCAGAUGAUAGUAACUGUCGUGCAAAGAUUCAUGAUCAGUAUCGUACUGUAACAGGCAUAUGCAAUAAUAAACAAAAUCGCCUACGAGGUACAUCUGUAUCACCUGUACGACGACUUUUACGCAGAAAUUCAUAUUCUGAUGGUGUUGGAGCUUUACGUACGAAAGCCCGAUCCGGUGCACUUCUGCCAUCAACUCGACAUGUAUCCAAUGUGUUGCACGAUGAGGGUACUGAAAACAAUUACGAUUUGAAGACUAAUCAUCUCCAUAUGCAGUUCGGACAAUUCAUUGCUCAUGACAUUAUAUUUAUGCCAUCAUCAACUGCUCCUUCCGGAGAUACAUUGGAUUGUAAACUUUGUAAUUCAAGCAGAACAACACCUAACUGUGCUCCUAUCCCUGUGCCAUUUGAUGAUGCAUAUUUCCCUAAAAAUAGUUGUAUUCGCUUAACACGAGCAUUGAAUGGUCAAAAAGGUCUCGGAGCUCGAGUUCAACUUAAUCAAAACACCCACCUUCUUGAUUUAUCAGCUGUCUAUGGAUCAGAGGAAUGCGAAGCUGCAUCUCUCAGAACAUUCACAAAAGGUGAACUGAAGGAUUACAAGUACUCUGACUACACUCUUCCUCCUCAAAGCCCAAAUGAUACUAACUGUCAAUCCAAGAACCCUAACUAUUGCUUCCUUGCCGGAGAUUUCAGAAACUCUCUCCACCCCGGCUUGAUCCCUCUUCAUACUGUUUAUAUCAAAGAACACAAUCGCAUCGCCAGAGAACUUGCCAAACGUCAAACGAGAUGGAGCGAUGAAACCCUCUUCCAGGAAACCCGCCGUAUCGUCAUUGCUCAAUAUCAACAUCAUGUUUACAGUUUUUAUCUUCCAAAAUUGUUAGGACGUAACACUAUGGAUAGAUUCGAUUUGACUCCAAAGACAAGAGGCGAAACAGACUAUGAUGAUAAGCUCAACCCCUCUGUAACGGCUGAAUUUGCUGGAGCCGCUUUCCGCUUCGGACACUCUCAAGCCAGAAAAGAUCUUGUCAGAAAAUCAAACACGAACACCACACUUGGUAAAAUUGGUGACUUAGGAGAAAAUUUCUUUUAUUCGGACGUUUUGUAUGAGAAGAACGUUGGUGGAACAGAAUCUUUAUUGGAAGGAAUGAUCCGAUGCCCUGCUAUGCGAUUGGAUUCUAAAUUCUCUUUCCCAAUGAGAAAUCAACUGUUCGAAACUCGCGGAAAGAAAGCUUCCGGAGUUGAUUUGGUGGCUGUUAACUUAAUGAGAGGACGCGAUCUCGGCCUAUUACCUUAUAAUGAUUACAGAGAAGUUACGGGAAGAAGAAGAGCUAACAAGUGGGAUGACUUGAAAGCUGACAUGAGCGCAAGCAAUAUUCAAGCCUUGAAAACAGUAUAUGAACAAGUUGAUGAUAUUGAUCUCUAUGCUGCCAUUGUUUCGGAAGGUCCAUCAUCUGGAGCUAUGAUUGGAGAAACUGGUCAACACAUCAUCGCAGAAACUUUCUCAGCUUUGAAGUUCGGUGAUCGGUUCUACUAUGAGCAUGAGGAUAAUCUUGAUUCAAGACAACUUCAAGCCAUCCGAGCUACCAGUUUGAACAAAGUACUUUGCGAAAACUCACCAAACAUGGAAAAAGUUCUCAGAAAUAUCUUUGAUUUAGACUCUGACGAAGUUCGUUGCGAUUCCUUGAAGAAUGUCGAUCUUGAACCUUUCUUAUAA